GCUGCAAACUCUCACUUGUGCUACGAAAACUUGUAACCGUCACAACUCUUUAUCGCUUCAUGCUUUGCUUGAAAUGUUCCUUUGGCUUCAGCGAUGAGCACAACCAGCACGGGUACUAUGAUUCCAAAUAGGAGAAGGAUACAUGGAUAUGUUUUGGCUGUUUCAUUUUGUUAUUUAAUUUCCACAACAGUGGCACAGAGCACACACCCCUCAGAAGUGAAUGCAUUGUUACAAAUCAAGAAAAGUUUGAUUGAUCCCUUAAACCAUUUGUGGAACUGGAACAAAGGUGAUCCAUGUACAUCAAAUUGGAAUGGUGUCUUGUGUCCUCUGAAUGUUGGGGCUGAUGGUCAUUUCCAUGUCAAAGAGCUCUACUUAAUGACUAUGAAUCUCUCUGGAAAUUUGGUACCCCAACUUGGUCAGCUAUCUCAACUAGAGAUAAUGAACUUCAUGUGGAAUAACAUAACAGGAAGUAUACCCAGGGAGAUAGGAAACAUCACAUCAUUAAGACUCUUGCUCCUGAAUGGAAAUGCACUAUCAGGUAAUUUACCAUAUGAGCUUGGCAAUCUUCAAAAUCUAAACAGAUUUCAAGUUGACCAAAACCAGCUCUCCGGUCCAAUACCGCCUUCAUUCGCCAACUUGAGCUCUGUCAAGCACAUGUUAGUCCAUUUUCUUACCGCCUUCAUUCGCCGACUUGUGCAUUUGUUAUGCUUUAUUUGUUUGUGUUCUUGCAGCCACAUGAACAACAACUCAUUUAGUGGUCAAAUUCCUCCCAAUCUUUCAAACCUAUCCAACCUCCUUCACUUGCUUCUGGAUACCAAUAAUUUAUCUGGCUAUCUUCCACCAGAAUUCUCCAUGUUACCCCAGCUGCGGAUACUCCAACUUGAUAACAAUCACUUCACAGGGAGCAGAGUUCCUUCUUCCUAUGCAAACUUAUCUAGACUAGCAAAAUUAAGUCUCAGAAACUGCAGUUUGCUAGGAGAAGUGCCUGAUCUCAGUUCAAUACCACAGCUUUACUAUCUAGAUCUUAGCUGGAACAAUCUUAUUGGACCCAUACCAUCGAAAAAACUUGCUGAAAAUAUGACUACCAUUGAUCUUUCUAAUAACAAUCUGAAUGGAUCAAUUCCUGGAUACUUCUCAGAGCUACCUUCUCUUCAAAGAUUGUCUCUUGAGAACAACAACUUUUCAGGAUCAAUCUCUGCUAAGAUAUGGCAGAAGAUGACUCUCACUACUAAUGCUAAAUUAACAAUCGACCUACGAAACAACUCACUUUCAAGAAUUUUGGGAGAUCCGAGUCCUCCGCCAAACGUCACCUUAAGGCUUGGAGGAAAUCCUAUAUGUAAGAGUUCUCAAACUAGUGGAAUAUUGGCCAAACAAUGUGGAUUUGAAGGAGAAGAAGAAGACAAUUACUUAACAAAUUCAACAACUACAUGUCCCCCUCAAGCUUGUUCAGUGAAUGAUUUCUUUGAAUAUGUCCCAGAUUCACCUAUUCCUUGCUUUUGUGCAUCACCUCUUAGAAUUGGAUACCGGCUGAAAAGCCCGAGUUUUUCUUUCUUCCCACCAUACAAAGCUUCAUUUAGAUCAUAUGUUACCCAUGCUUUGAACUUGGACUUCUAUCAGCUAUCAAUAGAUUCAUAUUCUUGGGAAGAAGAAGAAACUCGUCUUAGGAUGUAUUUGAAACUCUUUCCUGAGGCUAGUUAUUCACACAAUGAGUUCAAUUCAUCUGAGGUCUAUCGAAUGCGAAGCAUAUUCUCAUCAUGGAAUUUUGGUGGAAGUGAUUUUUAUGGGCCAUAUGAACUUUUGAAUUUCACCCUUGAGGGACCUUAUGCAUAUUUAAUUGCAAAAUCAGAAAAGAGCAAAAGUAGCAGAUUGGAAAUAAUUUUUGCUGUAGUAGCAGCUGUGGCAGUUGUUAUAGCAAUCUCAGCAAUAGUAACUCUCAUUAUUCUAAGAAGAGAUAUCAAAAACCAGGACACAUUUUCGAGAAGACGUCGCUCCUCUAGUAUUCCUAUCAAAAUAGAUGGUGUAAAAGAAUUCACUUUCAAAGAAAUGGUUCUUGCCACUGAUAGUUUUAGCAGUUCGAAUCAAGUCGGCCGAGGAGGUUAUGGAACCGUUUAUAAAGGCACUCUACCUGAUGAAACAAUUGUUGCCAUAAAGAGAGCACAAGAAGAUUCCCUACAAGGAACAAGGGAAUUCUUGAAUGAGAUUGAACUAUUAUCGAGGUUACAUCAUCGAAAUCUAGUCUCCUUGAUUGGAUAUUGUGAUCAAGAAGGGGAGCAGAUGCUUGUUUAUGAAUUUAUGCCUAAUGGCAACUUACGCGAUUGGCUUUCAGGCACAAAGGGAAACUUAACAUUUGGUAUGAGAUUGCGCAUCGCGAUUGGUUCAGCCAAAGGAAUACUAUAUCUGCAUACUGAGGCGAAUCCUCCGAUAUUCCAUCGAGAUAUCAAAGCAUCAAACAUACUCCUAGACUCCAAGAUGAUUGCUAAAGUUGCAGAUUUUGGACUGUCGCGGCUUGCACCACUGCUAGAUGAAGGGAAUGAACCUAAAUAUGUGUCAACAGUUGUGAAGGGAACGCCAGGUUAUCUGGAUCCAGAGUACUUGUUAACUCAUAAAUUGACAGAUAAGAGCGAUGUCUAUAGUCUUGGAGUUGUGUUUAUGGAGCUUUUGACUGGCAUGCAGCCAAUAUCACAUGGGAAAAACAUUGUUCGCGAGGUGAAUAUGGCUUAUAAUUCAGGCAUGAUAUUUUCCAUCAUAGACAGUAAAAUGGGUUCCUACCCCUCAGAUUGUAUUGAGAGAUUCUCAACUCUGGCCAUAAAUUGUUGCCAUGAUGUUACUCAGAAGAGACCAUCAAUGCUUGAUGUUGUGAGGGAGCUUGAAAACAUCGCCGCAAUGCUGCCGGGAACAGAAACUUCUUUCUCAGAUAUCAUUUGCCAUAAUGACAGUUCAGUGCAAUCAUCAUCAUCAUCAUCAUUCAUGCCAAGUAAGGACCAUCAUGGAUCUUCAUCUGCUUCAGAAAUUUGCCUUGUUAGUGGUGCCAUUUCAACAAUACUUCCACGUUGAUGCCAAGCAAGUGAUAGAAAUCGUUUUCUGGCAACAAAAUUUCAGUAAAAACGUAUCAACUGACUCAUGUUGAAAACUGCUAAAUAGGACCAUUUGUGAAUUUAUCUUUUCCAUUAUGUAAAUUUGACAAUACCAGAAUAUUUUAAUGUAAAAGUACACUUGUUAAUAUACAAAAAAUGGGCUACAAAAAUAAUCACCCUAUAAAAU